AUGGCGGCGCCCAUGUACCUUCGUGGCGCUCAAGGCAUUUGGACAGUGGAUGGGGCCAAAUUUAGUGCCGAGCCUGUGACAUCCAUUGACAAGACCAACAGCUGCAAGUGUAUGGUGUUCUCAGAUGAUGGAUCAUUGUUUGCCUGGUGCAAUGAAAAAAAAACGUGUGUGUGUGUGUGUAAGGUUAUUCAAGAUCUUGGCGUGCCAAAAGUGAUUGCCCUCAAGUGCAUGCAAAACUCAAAACUUUUGUGUAAGCAAGACCAAAGAAGGAGAAACUGUCACAUAAUUUCCCCAAGAAUAAGUUUAUGGGAUGUCACAAGGCUUGGGUUGGAGCCAGAAUGGAGUUCUGAUGAGGGCAUUUGUGUCAGGAAUGUCAACAAUGAGCUUCAUUUUUUUGAGAACAAUGAGUUUGACACGAUUGUAACUAAACUGCACCUCCAGAAAGUGUCUGCAUUCAGUCUGGCCAAGAAUUCUGCUCCUUACACUAUAGCAGCUUAUGUGCCGGGUUCCAAGGGCCAGCCAUCUUUUGUUCGUAUUUACCGUUAUCCAAAUUUUGGAGGACCAGAGUCGACUUUAGUGAACAAGAGUUUUUUCAAAGCGGACCGAGUCAACUUUUUCUGGAAUCGACCAGGUAUAAGUUCACCGGAACAGCCUUUGGUUCUGACGUCGACAGAGAGCUCAGACAGUUCUUACUAUGGUGACCAAGGACUGCACUUUCUCUCAACAGCUUCCGAUAGCUGCCUGGUGCCUCUGCAAAAGCAAGGUCCAGUGUAUCAUGUGGAGUGGGCACCAAACAGCACUGAAUUUGUGGUCAUAUAUGGAUACAUGCCAGCUAAGACGACAAUCUUCAGUCUCAAAUGUGAACCUGUGUUUGAUUUUGGAACGGGUCCUAGAAAUAUCUGCUCUUUCAACCCUCAGGGAACUAAUAUCCUUUUUUUUUUUGAACAGAAAAAGCAGAUCACGAAGACACAGUCAACAGACACGACCUAUUUUGAAUGGUGUCCUGAUGGGCAGCAUCUUCUGACUGCAACAACAGCACCAAGACUUAGGGUUGGAAAUGGCUUCCGUAUCUGGCACUACUCUGGGACACUUAUGCUGCAGCAUUUCAUGAAAGAUCAUGCCGAACUCUGGCAGGCAACCUGGCAACCACGUCCUGCAGACCAGAUUUUGCCAUUUACUAUAACUACCAAAACAGUCCCCUCCGCUGUGCAGGAACAGCCAAAAACGCAAGGAGCAGCAUACAGACCUCCACAGAUGAGGGAUGCGGGAGCUAAACCUGCGGCUCUGAAGCCACUUUAUGAACUAGAAUCUGCUUCCAAUGCUCAGAAGUCUCAGCCAGACAAAGCCCCCAGCAAAAACAAGAAAAAACGGGAAGCUCAGAAGGCCAAGGCUGCUCGUGAGGGAACCACGAAACCUGAAGAAUCUGCUUCUGCAACCACCGCAGCCUCUGACAGCACUGGUAGCCUUGGUGCUAGUGUGGCAGGGGCCACUACUGGAGAUCCAGAAAAGGAUAAGAAACUGAGGAAUUUGAGAAAG